CAGCGCUUUCCGCUUCAAAUUGAAACUCACAGAGAAAAGAAACAAACAUUUUAUACCUGCUUCUCCUCUCCUUUGCUUCGUCAAUACCCAAAAAUCCCAUUAACGAAAAUUCAAUUACAAACCAGCCAAGAUAAUGAAGCAAAAGAUAGUGAUAAAGUUUUCUCUGAGCAGCCAAAAGUCUCGUUCUAAAGCCAUGAAAAUUGCGGUCGGAGUAGCUGGCGUGGAAUCCGCAGCAUUAGGAGGCCAAGACAAGAGUCAGAUAGAGGUAAUAGGAGACGGAGUUGAUGCUGUACAGCUUACAACUCUGCUACGAAAGCACGUCGGCUACUCGGAGAUUAUGAGCGUGAGCGCUGUAGAACAAAAGAAAGAUGAGAAGAAAGAAGACAAGAAAGAGGAAGCAAAAGUGCAGCAAUUAGUAUGGCCCAAUACAGCUAGUCAAUUUGUUUAUGCAAUUCCUCAAUACCAUCAAUACCAGCAACACCCUGACCCCAAUUCUUGUUCUAUCAUGUAAUUUUAUAAAAACAGAGCAAAACAGAGGAUUUUGAUUGAGUGCAAAACGUUCCAAUUUGAAAAGCUAAGAUUUUAUUCAAUUGGAAGCGUUUAGAUGGGAGACUUAUUUUACUGUAUACAAGAGUUGUGUUUAGGGUGUGUUUGUUCUCUCUCAGUACCAAAAGAAAAAAGAAAAAAAGUUUAAUAUAUAUGUUUUUUUUUAAACAA